GGUGCCCUAAGGAAGUGGAAGGGGAUGUUGAGUAGACUGCAGGAGCUCCGCAAGGAGGAGGAAACCCUGCUGCGUCUAAAGGCGGCUCUGCACGACCAACUGAACCGCCUCAAGGUUGAAGAAUUAGCCCUUCAAUCCAUGAUAAAUUCUCGAGGAAGGACUGAGACACUGUCUUCUCAGCCUGCACCUGAACAGUUAUGUGAUAUGUCCCUACAUGUAGACAAUGAAGUGACAAUAAAUCAGACUACACUGAAGCUGAGUACAAGGAGCCCUAUGGAAGAAGAGGAGGAGGAAGAGGAGGAGGAAGAAUCUGAUUCGUAAAGGGGGAUCAAGGGCAGGGUAGUUAUACAAACCAAGUCUCGGGUGCUUCAUCUCUUCAAAGUCAUCUUGCAGGGCCUAUGUGAAAGAUAGACUUAUGAAUGGAAGAGGCUCAGCCCACAAAGUAUCUACAUUCAAAUAUGAAGACCUGAGUUUGGAGCCCCAGAAUAUGUAUAAAAACAUAGAGUGUCACAUGCCUGUAACCCCAGCACUGGGGAUAGGAAGAACAACAGAUCCCAGAAGCACACUGGCCAGCCCGUCUAGCCAAACCAAUGAAUUCUGAUUCAUUCAGAAACCUGUCUGAAGAGAACAGUUAUAAUGGCAUAGAGGCCCAGCACAUCUCAAUCCCAGCACACAAGAAAAGGGAUUAAAUAGCAAGCUGCAAAAAUAAAAAAAUUUUUUGUUUUGA